UCCCAAUGGCUUCUGCAUCUAAUGCUUAUAUACAUCAGAAAGGUUCAAGUCCAGUAUGGCAAUGGUUUGAUUGUCCAGUUGAAGAAUCAGGAAUGAGAAAAGCCAAAUACCAACUAUGCGUAGAAGACAAGUAUAUUGUCAUAAGCAACAACGGCACUACAAACCUACGUAAUCAUAUUACAAAAGUCCACAUAAUCAAUAUCUCAGAGGCUGCUAGUUUAGAUUUUGCUUCUUGGCCAGGUGAACAUAUCCUUCGAGAAGCGUUAGUUAAAUGGAUCGCAAUGGAUUGCCUUCCAUUUACUUCCAUUGAAUCAGAAAGCUUCU